AUGAAGUUUUUACUUUUUGCCUGUUUUCUGGCAAGUGCUGUUUUUGCUAAACCCCCAUCGGUUCAGCAAGGAAUCCAAAGUAACACCAAAUCUAUAAAUGCCUUUAUUGUUGGAGGAGAGGCGGCAGUAGACGGUGAUGCACCUCAUCAGAUUUCUUUUGAAAUAAAAGGUUUAAGUUUUUGUGGUGGCUCUAUUAUCUCUGAAAGAUGGAUUCUUACUGCUGCACACUGCAUCAACAAUGACGACCUGAACAAUCCAGGCCGACUUAGCAUUCGCUAUAACACAUUGAAAAAAGACUCCGGCGAGGUGAUCAAAGUAAAAAGCUUGAUAGUGCACGAGCAGUACUCAAAUACGACGGGUGACAAUGACAUUGCCCUCAUUGAGACGGCCACGCCGAUGACGCUUGGUCAGAAAAAUGCCGCUGCUGCAAAACUGCCGGCCAAAGGCAAUGAUCCACAGGAUGGAGACAUCUUUAUUUCCGGUUGGGGCAAACUGCACAUUGAUGACACGACGACUCCUGUUGAUUUGCAGAAGGUCACUGUGCCUGUCAUCAAACGAAGUGUUUGCGCAGAAAACUGGAAAGAAUUUAAUGUUACCAUCACCGAAAACAUGUUUUGCGCUGUAAAGAUGAGCACCGGAAGCGUCGAUAGUUGUGAUGGUGAAAGCGGUGGCGGCGCCAUUCAGGGAGGUGAGCUAGUUGGCGUUAUUAACAUUGGUCUUUGCGGA